AUGAAGUUCGUCGCUGCUGCCACCGUUGCCCUCGCCGGCGUUGCCCAGGCCGGCGUUGCCAACCAAGCCAUCAACCAGGACUUGGCCGCCAACAUGAACGGUGCCGCCGGCAUGGACGGCAUGACGCUGCUCACCGGUAUCUACGGGGGGCAUGGUCACGGCAAGAUCGGCUUUGGCGGCAAGAUCGACUUUGGCUCCAUCCUGAAGAAGGGUGCCUGCGCCCUUCCCUGCGUCGAGAAGGCCGCCACCAAGAUUCCCUGCAAGGGCAAGAACCUGGUCGAUAGUGCGUGCAGUAGCAUCGACGAGAUCAAGAAGAGAUCCGAGUCCUGCAUCCGCAAGUGUGACGUCAACCGCUCCAUUGUCGACCUCGUUACCAAGGGCGCUCACUUCCUCUGCUCCAAGCGCCAGGGCGGUCGCGGCGGCGAGAAGCACGGGAAGCACGAGAAGCCCGAGUAUAAGGAGAAGGAGGAGAAGAAGGAGCCCGAGUAUAAGAAGAAGGAGGAGUAG